AUGCUUGCAGCACUGAAUUCAUCUAUGGAUAAACUGCGUGAAUACUACGCCCUAACAUGCAACAAGGAACUUGGUGAGCUUUAUGCAAUUGGGACUAUUCUUUCACCUCAGAAUAAGCUCCAAUAUUUCCAAACAAAGGAUUGGAAGGAUCAGAAAAUCGACUAUGCAGCCCUCUAUUGUGAGAGUCUUAAUGAUUGGAUCAAACCCUACCGGCUCUCUGAGACUCAACAACCUCCAUUGCAAAUUCAGAAAUCAACCCAUUCCAAUAUGCUUUCCUUACUACUUUCUGAAAACCAAACAGAGAUGCCAGCACCUACCGUCCAAGGUGAAAUUGAUCGGUACUGUGAUAGUGCAACACUACCUAAUGGAACCUGCCCUCAGCAGUUCUGGAAGCAUCAUGAGGCUGAGUACCCAACUCUAGCAGCUCUUGCCUGA